UUUAGCGUUGCUUUAGAAAGUGUGCUUUUAGUUUUUAAAGAAAUGGCGAUACCGUUUGACUUGCAAGUACUCGCACCAUUCUCGGUGCUAAGCAUAACUGUUAUUUGGACGGGUAUAUUUGACCAAUCUUAUACCUCAAGUGGGAGUGUAUUGAAAGAACUGGAAGGUAGUACAGCCACCAACAUAUGGACAUUCGUAUGUUACUUUUUCAUGGCGGCGUGCUUUUGGAGGGUUUAUGAAGCAUGGAAAUAUUCAAAUCAAGUGAAAAUAACCCGUGUGGAUGUUUAUUUUGUAUCAGUUUUAAACGGACUUGCUUUGUUACAAUUCGCUGCACAUUUUCUAAAUUACCAGUCACAUUUUGAACCAGCUAAAAACGUGACUACGAUUCUACGAAUGUCUGCAAUGCAAGACUGGAGUAUGUUGCCUUUCCUGGCCUGGAACGUAUCAUGGAGUCGACACGUGAGAAGAGGCUGGACCCCAUGGCAUAAUUGGAUGAUGUGUGGAUUGGCGUCUAUCAGCUACUUUCUAACACUGAUCCAUCGAACCUCGUUCUUUUUUCUUCUCGGUAUCGCAGUUACACUGAGUGGCAUUGCUGUUUAUGAAACUUAUAAAAUUCACUUCUACCGGGCAGGCAUUAAACCACUGUUUUAUGUCAUUCUUUCGCUGCAUCUUAUUUUUUACACUGCUUCGCUGUUGGAUUUCAUUAUACUUGAUUUUGGUUGGAUAUUUACAUACCUUUCGGUUACUGCAUUCGCCCUUAUGACGGCUCUAACAAACCGCUUGUACAUUAAAAUUCUGAAAGAAGUUAAUGAACACAAGUAUUGAUAUGUGACAACGCUGAACUGUCUGCACAUAUUACUUGUACAAUGAUCUUUUAACAGUUGUGGAGCGCUGAUUUUCUGUGUUUUUUUCAGUUCAUUUUUCGCGUAUAUCAUGCCAUAACAUUUUCCCCACAAUCCAGUCAAAAUUGCUCACUAUUUCACAAAUUGUUAUAAUAUGAUUAUCGCAGUAUGAGUGCUUCCUUCUUAGUGGUUAUUUUAAAUAAAAGCACUUUAAAGUUC